CGAAGGUGUGUCACGGAGCGAGUCAUUCGGAACAAUCGGACCUUGUCGACCCGGGUAAACAGUAACGUCAAACAAAUCCAGACACAAUUUACGAUUUUAUCAAAAAAUAGUCAAAAGCAAUAAGGGAAAACUACCAGCAGCAAGAUGUUUCGAGUAAUGGGCUCCAUGAUGCCCUAUAGAAAUAGGGCAUAUGACAUUUACAGGAGAAAUUUUAGCGAAGCAUCGGCUGUUGGCUUUCUCUCUGCGAUUUUGUUUACUGUUUUUUCAGAACCCGUUAAAAAUUUGGUCGACUUUGGUGAAAAAUGGAUGGAAUUAUCUGGUAUUCCAUACCAAAUGAAUAUUGCAAUGUUUGGAUUUAUAGUUGGAUACGGAUCAACCAAAAUGUUCUUAUUGAUGAGGAUGCAGUUGUUCAAAAUGUUGCUGGCUUACCAAGGCUGGAUGUUUAACCCAAAGUCAACAACCACAAAGAUGUGGGCACUUAUGCUGGGUUUGUUGCGAGGAAAUGGAAAGUACCCUUGCUUCUACUUUGAACCGUUACUCCCGAGACUCCCCAUACCAGAUCUUAAUGCAACACUUGACAGGUUUCUAGCCUCCAUGAAGCCCAUACUGUCAGAUGAAGACUUUAUAGAGCUGUUGACAGCCACAGAGACUUUCAGGGUGAAUGAGGGACCAAAACUUCAACAAUAUCUGAAGAAUAGAUCCAUUAACAAGCGAAACUGGGUAGAGGAUUUCUGGUUGCAGAUGGCUUACCUUGGAUGGAGAGAACCGUCUGCAAUUAAUGUGAACUGUUAUGCUGUCGAUAGGAAGACUGUCCCUACAACUAACCAACUGGCACGAGCAGCAAAUAUAAUAUAUAGUGCUGUCAAAUAUUAUGAGGAGAUCUGCGAGGACACACUCGUACCACAGUAUAUGCAAGAUUUGAUACCACUUACCAUGGAUGGUUACAGGAAAACCCAUUGCACAACUCGCAUUCCAAAAGUUGGCAUGGAUGACCAAGAAACACACAAGGACCAAAAACAUAUAGUUAUAUACAGGAAGGGAGUUUAUUUUAAACUGGAUGUAUACAAGACUGACAGUGAUGGCAAGGAGGUACAGCUAACUGUUCCAGAAAUCUACGUGUUACUACAGCAGGUGCUUGAUCUCGCAGAAGAUGCAAAAGAUUUUUGUCCAGUUGGAGUUUUUACCGCACAAAACAGAGAUUACUGGGCCAAGAUACGAGAGAGACUGGUAGCAGUUGAUGUGAACAGAGAGAGUAUCACCAGUAUAGACAGCAGCAUAGGCUUGUUUGUCAUUGAGGAGGAAUGCCCUAAGGGUCUAGAUGAGGAAGCCAUAUUCACCAUGACUGGACAUGGACCUAACAGAUAUUUUGACAAGUCAUUGCAGUAUAUCAUUUAUUCUAAUGGAAAGGCAGGAAUCAAUGCUGAACAUUCUUGUGGUGAUGCGACUUAUGCUGCACGUAUGUGGGAAUAUAUCCUUGCUGUGGAGAAAUACAAUAAUGAUGGAGGAGUUGCUAAAAUCUCAGAUCAACAAUUGAAAAAACUUAGCCCUCCUCAGAAGCUGGACUGGGAUCUCAAUGACUUUGAACAGGAACUUACAGAAUCUCAAGAACAUUUUCAAAAACUGGCCAACAGUUUUGGACUGAGGCUGGUGUUCGCUGAGUAUGGUAAAGGGUACAUCAAAACAAAGAGAGUCAGUCCUGAUGGCUAUUUACAGAUGGCAAUUCAGUUGGCUUAUUACAAGCUUCAUGGAAAAGUUGUCAAGACAUAUGAAUCUGCUUCCACUAGAAUGUUUGCAAAUGGUCGCACUGAGACCAUUCGUCCAGUAACCGAGGCAUCAGCUGCAUGGUGUAAAGCUAUGUCGAGUAUGAAAACCACUAGAGAACAGAAGAUAUUACUCCUGAAACGUGCAAUCAACGCUCAGACUAAAGUAAAGAACGAGGCUGUAUGUGGUCAGGGCUGGGAUAGACACUUGUUCGGCCUGUAUGCUUGCUGUAAGGAGCUUGGUAUGGAUCCACCAGCACUGUUCCAAAAUAAGAACUUUUUCAUGCCCGAUGUGUUAAGUACGUCUCAAACUCCAACAAAGUACACCCAUAUCUGGAAACAAGAAUCAUCAUGUCUUGGUGGAGGUUUUGCACCAGUCAAUCCAAAUGGCUACGGUGUGUCAUACAUCAUCGUUGGAGAAGAUAUCAUACUGUUUCAUGUAAGCAGCAACAAGUAUUCCACAGAAACUUCGGAGCAUAAAAUGUCAGAAGCUAUUCUCGACGCCAUGAACGAAAUGAAAUCCCUUCUUGAUUAAGUAAUAAAAGACAAGACAAAAAGUUUUUAAAAGAACUGAAAGUGUGAAAUGGACUAUAUAUGGGAGAUGGAACAUAUAGUUUGAAAUGAACUAUAGUUUGAUUGAUAUUGGUACAAACACUCGCACAACCUUGAUUUGCUUGGCACAAUAUUUUUAGUCAGUUCAACACUUUUUUCUUCACACUAAAUUUGUAGUUGUGUCCACCAAUUUUCUCAAGUUUGAUAUUUGUUUAAAAGUUCUAUUCUUGCAUCAUGGGAGAUUUUAUGUAAUGGAGAUGACUAAUUGUAUAACAGUGCAACUUAUUUUGGACAUAUAUAUUUGUGAAUGUCCUACAGUACCUAGAUUCAUGUUCAUCAACAUUCAACUGGUAUAUAACAAACAUGUUUUUUUAUGCCCCCGAAGGGAGGCAUAUAGUUUUUGAACCGUCAGUCUGUCGGUCUGUCGGUCUGUCCGCAUUUUUCGUGUCCGGUCCAUAUCUUUGUCAUCGAUGGAUGGAUUUUCAAAUAACUUGGCAUGAAUGUGUACCACAGUAAGACGAUGUGUCGCGCGCAAGACCCAGGUCCGUACCUCAAAGGUCAAGGUCACACUUAGACAUUAAAGGUUAUUGCAUUGAUGGGCGUGUCUGGUCCAUAUCUUUGUCAUCGAUGGAUGGAAUUUCAAAUAACUUGGCAUGAAUGUGUACCACAGUAAGACGACGUGUCGCGCGCAAGACCCAUGUCCGUACCUCAAAGGUCAAGGUCACACUUAGACAUUAAGGGAUAGUGCAUUGAUGGGCGUGUCCGGUCCAUAUCUUUGUCGUCGAUGGAUGGAUUUUCAAAUAUCUUGGCAUGAAUGUGUACCACAGUAAGAUGACGUGUCGCGCGCAAGACCCAGGUCCGUAUCUCAAAGGUCAAGGUCAAACUUAGACAUCAAGGGAUAGUGCAUUGAUGGGCGUGUCCGGUCCAUAUCUUUGUCAUCGAUGGAUGGAUUUUAAAAUAACUACGCAUAAAUGUGUGACACAGUAAGACGUGUCGCGCGCAAGACCCAGCUCUGUAGGUCAAAGGUCCUAAACUCGAACAUCGGCCAUAACUAUUCAUUUAAAGUGCCAUCGGGGGCAUGUGUCAUCCUAUGGAGACAGCUCUUGUUCUUAUUCCAUUUUUCUAUCAUAAGAAUUGUACUGAGAUUUUGUAUAAUUCUUGAAAACUUAACUAUCUAAAGUAUUUCUGUAACAUUUCAUUUUAGUUUGUUUUGUAACCUCAGAAAUUCAACUGACAAGGUUUUAAUCUUUCUUAAGGACUUGAAACAUCAAGUUUUUAUUGAAAAUAGCUGUUAUGAUUAUAUUUCGGUCCAAUUUGUUGCCAUGGUUUUUAUUUUUUAUGCCCCCGAAGGGAGGCAUAUAGUUUUUGAACCGUCUGUCGGUCUGUCAGUCUGUCCGCAAUUUUCGUGUCCGGUAUAUAUCUUUGUCAUCGAUGGAUGGAUUUUCAAAUAACUUGGCAUGAAUGUGUACCACAGUAAGAUGACGUGUCGCGCGCAAGACCCAGGCCCGUAGCUCAAAGGUCAAGGUCACACUUAGACAUUAAAGGAUAGUGCAUUGAUGGGCGUGUCCGGUCCAUAUCUUUGUCAUUGAUGAAUGGAUUUUCAAAUAACUUGGCAUGAAUGUGUACCACAGUAAGACGACGUGUCGCGCGCAAGACCCAGGUCCGUAGCUCAAAGGUCAAGGUCACACUUAGACGUUAAAGGAUAGUGCCUUGAUGGGCGUGUCCAGUCCAUAUCUUUGUCAUCGAUGGAUGGAUUUUCAAAUAACUUGGCAUGAAUGUGUACCACAGUAAGACGAUGUGUCAUGCGCAAGACCCAGGUCCGUAGCUCAAAGGUCAAGGUCACACUUGGACGUUAAAGGAUAGUGCAUUGAUGGGCGUAUCUGGUCCAUAUCUUUGUCAUCGAUGGAUGGAUUUUCAAAUAACUUGGCAUGAAUGUGUACCACAGUAAGACGACGUGUCAUGCGCAAGACCCAGGUCCGUAGCUCAAAGGUCAAGGUCACACUUAGACAUUAAAGGUCAUUUUUCAUGAUAGUGCAUUGAUGGCGUGGUGCAUUGAUGGCGUGUCCGGUCCAUAUCAUUGUCAUUCAUGCAUGGAUUUUAAAAUAACUAGGAUGAAUGUGUAACACAGUAAGACGACGUGUUGCGCGCAAGACCCAGCUCCGUAGGUCAAAGGUCCUAAACUCUAACAUCGGCCAUAACUAUUCAUUCAAAGUGCCAUCGGGGGCAUGUGUCAUCCUACGGAGACAGCUCUUGUUUGUAAAUAAUUUUCAACAAAGAUGAUUUUAAAUCAUGUUCAGGAAUAUUGUCUUAUCUUUUAGACCUCACAUACUUUGACCAUUUUAUGUUUUAUUUAUUUCUUGAAGUUUAAAAAUGCACUUAGAAUGCAAAUGUUAUAGGGAAUUUACGUGUUUCAGAUUUUGACAGAAUAUGACAUUGUGUUUGUUGCAUGCUGUAGGAACUUGUGCUAUAGGCGUUUUAUAAAUCUUACCUUAUAGUCUUUUGUUGAAAGUUGAUGGAAAGAUAUAGAGUGGAAGAGGAAUCAAAGUUUUGAAAGAAGUACUGGAUGGUAUAGGGUUAUAGGGAAAGACUACUGGAUGGUAUAGGGUUAUAGGGAAAGACUACUGGAUGGUUGAAGAUCUAAGGAAGACUUGUAUGAUCAGGGAAAGUAAGGGUUUGAUAGUGAAUAUGGUCUGAUUAGUUUUCAUUGAAUGAAAAGAACAGCUUAUGUUUAUAUACAGUCAAACUUUGUUCGCUCCAACUUGAAUGGACAGGCAAAAUUUGUUUUAGUAAUUGCUAGUUCGAGCCAUUGACCAGUAUACAUUGUAUAGAAAUUUUGCUGGGACCUGACGAUGUAUUUGAGCGAAGGGUGGUGUCUGAAUUUUCCAAGUUCAAAAAAAGGAAGUUCGACUGUAUAAAGACAGAAAUCAAUUUGGAUUUGUAUAUGUCUGAUGAAGUUUUAUUGUGCCAUCUGCUUAAAGUGAGAAAAAAUAUGUAAACAUGCACUUGAUUUAAUCAUAGUUUUUAUAUAGCUAAUUUUAAAUAUGGCACAUGGUUUAAUCAUAGUUUUUAUAUAGCUUUUUUAGCUCACCUGAGCACGAAGUGCUCAAAGGUGAGCUUUAGUGAUCGCCCUGUGUCCGUCGUCCUCCGUCGUCCGUCCGUCCGUCCGUCCGUCCGUCGUCAACAAUUUGACUGUUAACACUCUAGAGGUCACAUUUUUGGCCCAAUCUUAAUGAAACUUGGUCAGAAUGUUACCCUCAAUAAAAUCUUGGACGAGUUCGAUACUGGGUCAUCUGGGAUCAAAAACUAGGUCAUCAGGUCAAAUCAAAGGAAAAGCUUGUUAACACUCUAGAGGUCACAUUUUUGGCCCAAUCUUAAUGAAACUUGGUCAGAAUGUUACCCUCAAUAAAAUCUUGGACGAGUUCAAUAUUGGGUCAUCUGGGAUCAAAAACUAGGUCAUCAGGUCAAAUCAAAGGAAAAGCUUGUUAACACUCUAGAGGUCACAUUUUUGGCCCAAUCUUAAUGAAACUUGGUCAGAAUGUUACCCUCAAUAAAAUCUUGGACGAGUUCGAUAUUGGGUCAUCUGGGUUCAAAAACUAGGUCACCAGGUCAAAUCAAAGGAAAAGCUUGUUAACACUCUAUAGGUCACAAUUUUGGCCCAGUCUUAAUGAAACUUGACCAGAAUGUUAAUCUUAAGGUCCAGUUUGAAUCUGGGUCAUGUAGGAUCAAAAACUAGGUCACCAGGUCAAAUCAAAGGAAAAGCUAGUUUACACUGUAGAGACCACAUUUAUGACCAUAUCAUAAUGAAACUUGGUCAGAAUGUAAAUCUUGAUGAUCUUAAGGUCAGUUGUAAAUCUGGGUCAUCUGGGGUCAAAAACUAGGUCACUAGGUCAGAUCAAAGGAAAAGCUUGUUAACACUGUAGAGGCCAUAUUUAUGACUGUAUCUUCAUGAAACUUAGUCAGAAUGUUGAACUUGAUGAUCUUUAGGGCAGGUUUGAAUCUGGGUCAUGUCGGAUCAAAAACUAGGUCACCAGGUCAAAUCAAAGGAAAAGCUAGUUAACACUUUAGAGGCCACAGUUAUGACCAUAUCUUAAUGAAACUUUGUCAGAAUAUUAAUCUUGAUGAUCUUUUGAUCAAGUUUAAAUCUGGGUCAGUUGGGGUCAAAAACUAGGUCACUAGGUCAUAUCAAAGGAAAACCUUGUUAACACUCUAGAGGCCACAUUUAUGACUGUAUAUUCAUGAAACUUAGUCAGAAUGUUAAACUUGAUGAUCUUUAGGUCAAGUUCGAAUCUGGGUCAUAUCGGGUCAAAAACUAGGUCACGGGGUCAUUUCAAAGGAAUGGCUAGUUAACACUUUAGAGGCCACAUUUAUGACCAUAUCUUAAUGAAACUUGGUCAGAAUGUUAAUCUUAAUGAUCUUUAGGUCUGUAGGUCAGGUGAGCGAUACAGGGCCUUCAUGGCCCUCUUGUAUAAAUAUAUAGGCCUUGUUGAUGUGUUCACAUUACUCUUGAUAUUGUUCUUGUGUUCACAUUGCUAUAGGCCUUGUUGAUGUGUUUACAUUGCUCAUCAAAACCAAGCACAAGUGUUUCUUUAUGUCUGUGAUAAAGGCUUACCUGUAGUAGAAAGGAUUGUGUUUCUAAAAAUAUAUGUUGAAGCUUGAAGACAUUUAAAUUGUAUGGCUUACACAUAUCUUUACACUGGUUAGGUCACAUGGACCAUUUCUCAUGGGCAGGUGGAAAAUGUGUCAAAAUGUCUUAAUAAAUGAGAUGAGCAGGUAGGUAACAUAAUUAUAUCAGAACAGUUUUUAGCUCUCCUGGUCCUUUAGCAACAUAUUGGAAGGUGGGCAUACAUACUUUAUUUGUCUCUUGUUCUUAACAGUAAUACUGAUUUGCAGAUGUCGGUCGGUCGGUAUGUAGACCAAUCCGUUUCCGGAUGAUAACUCGAGAACGCUUGGGCCUAGGAUCAUGAAAUUUGAUAGGGUUGUUGGUCACAACCAGCAGAUGACCCCUAUUGAUUUUGAGAUCAGUAGGUCAAAGGUCAAGGUCACAGUGACCCAGAACAGUUAAACGUUUUCUGGAUGAUAACUCAAGAACGUUUGGGCCUAGGAUCAUGAAAGUUGAUAGGAUGGUUAGUCAUGACCAGCAGAUGACCCCUACUGAUUUUGAGAUCAGUAGGUCAAAGUCACAGUGACUCAGAACAGUUAAACGGUUUCCGGAUGAUAACUCAAGAAUGCUUGGGCCUAGGAUCAUAAAAGUUGAUAGGGAGGUUGGUCAUGACCCCUAUUGAUUUUGAGGUCAAAGGCCAAGGUCACAGUGACCAGGUACAGUUUAACGAUUUCCAGACGAUAACUCAAGAACGCUUCUGGAUGAUAACUUGAGAACGCUUGGGCCUAGGAUAACAAAACUUCUUAAUAGGGAGGUUGAUCAUGACCAGCAGAUUACCCUUAUUGAUUUCAAGGUGAGUCGGUCAAAGGUCAAGGUCACAGUGACCUGAAACAGUUAAAAUGUGUCCGGACGAUAACUUGAGAAUGCUUGGGCCUAGGAUCACGAAUCUUACUAAGGAGAUUUAUCGUGACCUGCAGAUGACCCCCGUUUGAUUUUGAGGUCAAAGGUCAAGGUCGCUUUGACCAAGAACAGUAAAAGUUUUGUACACAGUGACCAAAUAAUUUCUGUUCCUUGUACAAUUACUGAAUGCAUUAAGGGGGGCAUUUCGUGUUCGACAAGCUCUUGUCUUACAGAGGUUUUUAAUGGUGGAGAGAGUGUCUUUGACCUAGAUUUGCCAGCAAUAGAAAAUGUAUCUCUUUCUUAUUUAUCUAUAGAUCAUGUAUGUUACGGUUUUUCUUACAGGUGAAAAUGAGAUGUUGCUAUAAAUUUUGUUUUACUUGUAUUAUAUGAACUGGUCAGCUUACAUUACCAGAUUUUAUUUAUUGUAUACUGAUUACCGCUUAUAGUGGAACUGUCAUGUUUGUUUAUGAAAGUCAUAAAUCUUUCAUUUGAUUGUUCAUACAAUGUAUAUUUUUAGUUUGCAAAGCUGUAUGAAUGGCAAGUUGUUUUACUAUCACUCAUCUCAAUAUUUCAUUCAGUUUUCUUGAUAGUGCUGUUGUUGAUCUAAGUUCUGUUGUUUUAUCCUGAGAAUGUGGGCAACAAGGUUAAUAUAACAGAACAAGCAUCAUUUGCUAGGUCAUUUUGAAAAAAACAAAUGUCUAUAUAACCCAAAAUUCAAAAUAUUUUGUAUCAAAGUCCCUUCAGUAAAAUUAUCUCACUUGCCAAAAAAAUAAUUGCGCAGCAUUUUCACUAUAAACUUCCAUUAGUAGGGCCCUGAAAGUUGCAUGGUUUGGGAGAUAAAAGGCUGUAAUGGAGCAGGCAAUACAACAGAACAAUAGACCUAAAUUUGAAUAUCAUACACAAACUGGGGGGGGGGGGGUUAGAAAGUACAGUAAAAUAUACCUCAAUAAAAUCAUUUCAUACAUCAUGAUUAAUGGGAUCAAGGAGCAGGGUACCAGACAUAAAAUUGGCAUGAUUUUAGUGUUUGCUAGAGUAACAUAUAUAUAUGUGAUACACAGAAAAAUUGGCAUUUUCAAUAUUUUCUCUGUUAACAAAUGGCAAUAAUUUAUGAAAAUAGAGUCCUAUUAAUCCUGAAUAAAAAAAGUGAUAGUGAGUUUUACUUUGAUUUUCAAAAAUUUCGAUAACAUAUAUCAUUUUAUUUUUUAGACUGCUAUUUUUUUAGGCUGCUAAUUGUAUUAAUGUUAAACUCAUUACUUGUAUAUUGAAUAUGUGCUCUUUCAUGUAGUUAUUUGAAAAAUCUUUAUCUUCUGGUUUAUUUUCUUAAUUUUUUGUUUUUUCUCCCAAAAAUUUUAGCCAACAGGUAAAAUGAUGAUUAUGAUAAAUCAUUGUUGUAAAAUAUAGCAAAAUUUGAUACUGCGAAAUCAGUAACCUUCAGCCUGCUGACUGCAAGUGAUUUUGCCUUUGUGACCUGUGCAGACCAAGAUCAGCAUGUGAUCAUGGUCUGCACUGUUCGCUAUUCAGUCAGUUAGUUUUCAGUAAAAUCCCUUUGAAUAAUAAGUGGUACUGCCCAAAUUGAAUGAUGGACCAGUCCAUUUUAGAAAUUUAGCAGGGUAAAGGUUAAUAUUCAUGAAGAACUAAUUAUUGUAGAUUUUUGGGACAAUCCACAAAAUCACAUCCCGACUGUCAAGCAAAGGUCUCAUUUCGUUAAAUGGACAUCCACAAAUUCAUUCCCCGGUGAAAUAGUCGUUUUGGGGCGAAACCAUGAAAUUUUGUUCACACGAAAUUAAAUGAUUUCAUUAUAUGGACAUAUGGAACAAAGUGUUAUGUUUCAGUGCAGGCCAGUUUGUAAUGGUUUGUGAGAAUUAAAUAAGAACAUCAUGUAAGACAUAAUUGGGUAUGAUUUGUCUAGAAUUUUUAUUAGCCUUUUCCAAUUUUAUUGAUGUAGCUGUGUGUAAGAUGUAUUUUUUACUUGAUGAGAAUUUGUCUGCUGUAUAAUUCACCAGAUUUGUACACAGUUUCCUGUGUGGUUUUUCCUUAUUUCUACAUGUCUCCAGUAGUAGUUGUAAGAACUUUUUUAAUUUUAAGAUAUCUUGAAUCUUUUCAGUUUGAUGGGUAAAAAUUUCGUUUUCACAGAUAAUCCCUCCGUUGCGUUUUUGAAUUAUGAAAAUUUUAAAAAAACAAGCAAUAUUUUUUUGUCCCAUGUUAUAUGUCAUGGUAGUGAAAUAAAGCGAUUACAUGAAUUUGGUAUUACAGUAGUGUAAUAACAUCAUGACAUUGAUAGAAUUUACUUUGUUUAUUACAAGCAAAGAAAGACAAAAGAAAUUUUGAUGUUUCAGUCAAAAGAAAAUGAUAAAGAUAUUACCUUUGUGUCUUUCCAUAUCAAAUUGGAUAAAAAUGAUAAAAUGCGGAGCAGAGCUUUGCAUUUUGCUAUUUCUUUUGACUUGUUUUAAUAAGUUCAGUAUGAAAAGACACUCUGUAAUAUCCUCUAUUGAUGUUUGCUUUGAUAUUCUGAAAAAUCUUUUUUUUUCUUUACAAUAAAUGAAAACUAAUCUAGAUAUCAGGUACCUUAGAAAUUAAAAGGGUUCUUUGUUUGAAGAAAAAUCAAGGAAAACCAAUGCUUUGAAAACUGUGUAUCAAACAGUAAACUUAGUUUUAAAACUUUUACUAGUAGACUUACUGCUUAUUUUUGUAUAUCUUUACGUAUUGUUAUAGAAUAAUCACGCUUGUUAUUGGUGUAUUGUGUACUGAUUUUGCUAUUCUUAUUUGUUUUGCAUGAUUUUGUAGUAUUGGUAUAAUUUGAGAUGUUAUUUUUUUAUUUAUAGCAUACGAUUGUAUACUUCUGCAAAUAAAUAUAUAUCAUCA